AUGGCUGGCAUACCGCGCCCUGCCUCUGGCCUAGCGAACAAGAAACACUCAAUGCGACCGCCAAUGUCUAGACCCACUGCGCCUGCCAGGGCACAAUCAAGCGCACCUUCGCUCAAUGCGAGAACUCAAUCAGGUACCGUCUCACCAGCUGACAGCAUCAUGUCACUGUCAACGAACACAUCACAUUCAAGGUCUCCAAAAAAGCGAAAGGAGCGAGAUUUCGACGCCGAUGGAGAAGAGACAAACAUUCAUGUGGUGGUUCGCUGUCGUGGGCGCAAUGAUCGAGAAGUGCGAGAGAAUAGCGGAGUGGUUGUCUCUACAGACGGUGUUAAGGGGAAGAAUGUGGAAUUGUCGAUGGGUGCCAGUGCGCUGAGCAACAAGACCUAUCACUUCGACAAAGUCUUCUCGCCGGCUGCGGAUCAAUCCAUGAUCUACGAUGAUGUUGUGACGCCAAUUCUGGAGGAGGUAAGGACUGCAGCAGACCUUCCAAUCCCUCAGUCUAACAAGUUGAUGCAGAUGCUCCAAGGCUACAACUGUACUAUAUUCGCCUACGGCCAGACAGGCACUGGCAAGACCUACACAAUGUCCGGAGACAUGUCAGACACUCUGGGACUUCUCUCAGACUCGGCUGGUAUCAUACCAAGAGUUCUACAUUCCCUUUUCGGCAAGCUUGAAGAGGAUGAGGCGGAGAGUUCUGUGAAAUGUUCGUUCAUUGAAUUGUAUAAUGAAGAGUUACGCGACUUGCUCUCUUUAGACGACACGACAAAGUUAAAAAUCUACGACGAUGCACAAAAGAAAGGCCAUAGCGCUACGAUUGUCCAAGGAAUGGAGGAGGCCCACAUCAAGACCGCAAGAGAUGGUAUCAAGCUGCUACAGGACGGAAGCCACAAGCGGCAAGUGGCAGCCACAAAGUGCAACGAUCUGAGUUCUCGAAGCCAUACGGUCUUCACUAUGACUGCUUAUAUCAAGAGAACCACCGAAACUGGUGAAGACUUUGUCAGUGCUGGGAAGCUCAAUCUGGUGGACCUUGCUGGCAGCGAGAAUAUACAACGGAGUGGAGCCGAGAACAAGCGUGCUGCUGAAGCGGGAUUAAUCAACAAAAGUCUACUGACUCUCGGCAGAGUCAUCAACGCGCUCGUCGAAAGAGGCUCACAUAUUCCAUACCGUGAGUCCAAACUCACCCGACUCUUGCAAGAUUCUUUAGGCGGUCGAACGAAGACAUGCAUCAUCGCAACAGUCUCGCCGGCGAAAAGUAACUUGGAAGAAACAAUUUCGACGUUGGACUAUGCCUUCCGCGCCAAAAACAUAAAAAACAAGCCCCAGGUCAAUCAAAUGGUCUCAAAGAAGACCCUUCUUCGCGAGUUCACUGCGGAGAUUGAGAAGCUAAAGGGAGAGCUCAUAGCUACUAGACAGCGCAACGGUGUCUACUUGACGACAGAAGGCUACGAAGCGAUGGUAGGAGAGAGCGAGUCUCGAAGGAUCCUCAGCGAAGAGCAGCAGGCCAGGAUCGAGACGAUGGAAACCAACUUGAGAAACAAAGUCCAGGAGUUGUUUUCUCUGACGAGUAGUUUCAACUUCCUGAAAAGGGAUAACGAUUGCACGAAGCAAAUCCUCGAUGAGACCAAGGACGUCCUGGAGAAGACAGAGAUUGUGCUGGCAGAUACGCGGCAAACUCUUGCUGAAGAAACAACGCUCAGGAAAGCUCAUCAAGUCACAGAGGAGCAGCUGAACAACGUUGGGGGGAGAACUCAUUUCGACGCUUGCAAAGACUGUCUCUGA